UUAAUAAUUUUUAUUAUUCGUGUUGUGUCUGUUGAGUAAUACACAUCUUUAAUAGACAAGCUAAUAGAUUUUAAAAUGGCCCCAAAAGUUUAUGGUGUAGAUUUAAGUUUUCCAGUUCGAGGUGUUUUAUUAACAGCCAAAGCAAUUGAUCUGGAUAUAGAAUUCGUUCCAGUAAAUUUACUGGCUGGAGAACACUUGACACCAGAAUUUAAAAAGAUGAAUCCACAACAUACGGUUCCAACCUUGGACGAUGAUGGAUUUUACCUAUGGGAUAGUCAUGCUAUAGCAACAUAUCUUGUUAGUAAAUACGCAAAAAAUGAUUCAUUGUAUCCAAAGGAUUUGAAGAAAAGAGCAGUAGUCGAUCGUUUACUUCAUUUUGAUUCUGGAAUUGUAUUUCCUAGAGCUCGAGGUGCAUUUUUUCCUAUUUUGUUUCUGAAUGAAAAAACAAUUCCAGAAGAAAAAAAGGCAGCAAUUUAUGAGGCAUAUGACUUCCUUGAAUCAUUUUUCGAUGGAAAUUCUUGGAUUGCUGGAAAUGAAUUGACUGUUGCCGACUUAUGUAUCAUCCCAGCCGUUACCACAUUAGGAGGUAUCUUUCCAAUUGAAAAGUCAAAAUAUCCGAAAUUAUUAGCUUGGAUUGAAAAAUGUAAAACUUUACCGUAUUUCGCAGAAUGUAAUAAUCCUGGCAAUGAUGGCCUUGUUGCAAAACUUAAAGAGUUACUUUCAUCUUAAGUAAAUACUACUGGUAAUAAAGAAGUCCAUUAAUCUUGUAAAAAAAAAAAAUUAAUGUGAAAUAUUUAUAAUCCAACAAUUGCUAAUAAUAACAAUCAAUAACUCCUUAAAAUACAUUGAAUAAAGAAGAAAAAGUGAAAAUCAAUAUUUUUGAGGGCUAACUGAAUAACAAAUAAUUUUUUAGUAAAUAUAAAUAAACAACGAUAGAAUAAAUCAUUUUAAUGUGCAAAUGAAGAACAAACGACGAACAAUAGGCUAAAAAAGAUUAUCCGAAAUAAAAAAUUCUAAAAGAAAUUGUGGGUGACCAAAUUACGUUAGCUUU